CACCAACUCGGACGGGAGACAUCAAUGUUCAUGAAAAACAAGAACAUAUUUGCAACCAGCCAACCAAUCUGCAGGAGAAUUGGCUUCUUCGAAGAUACGUUCAACUCUGAAGUACUGCAAAUGAGAUGUAAGCUGCAGAAUAUCAUCAAGCAGGUUGGACUCUGUUGUCGAUCAUAAAGCUACUGUAGCAUUUUUCCGGGAUAGCCGGUAAUCGGGCUAUGAGGGCAGAUUUGAGUUUGGAGCAAAAUCAAGAGGGCAUUCCCGUACUGUUUCAAGCCGUUUCAACCGGUUCACGGAAAUGUCAUGGAAGUCUUGAAUGAAAUACCAUUUUCUCCUCCCCUUCUCUGUGAUACAAGAAGGUGGUCACGACUUUUCGCAUCGACUCGUCUGAUACCGAUACGAGCAGUUAUUUAAUCCUUCAAAGUUUUAGUUGCAUUAGUCUUUCAGACCAAAAGAGGUAUUUUUGGUCCAAUAAGAGUGAAGAGGAACCAGUUACGGUAGAAAAGGCAGGAUUCUGGCGAGAUCGGAGGUCGGGAAAGAUUUCCCCUUUUUCGUUCUUCUUCCCAAUAUUAGAUUAUUAGACUGUCGGGGGCUUCCCCCAUUCUCCUAUUAUUUAUUUCUUUUCGCCCCUAAUUCAGUUGGUGCGUUCGGAUUCCAAGAAGAGAGGAGGAGAUGCUACAGAGAUGGAAAGCUUACAUCUUUCCGGCGGCCGACGGCGGCGAGUACCGGUGGCGUCGGAUUAAGACCUCCCUCGUCGUCCUCUCCUUCGUCUUGGUCUCCUACUACGCCGUAUCCUCCCGGCAAUUCUGGUGGAGCGGCCCUGAUUGCGCCCAGGCCAGUCUCCGCUUCUCCGGCGGUCACGCCCCGACGAAUCUCUCCCACAUCGUGUUUGGCAUCGGGGGUUCGGCACGGACGUGGCAGCGGCGGCGGAGGUACACGGAGCUGUGGUGGCGGCCCGGGGAGAUGCGGGGCCACGUGUGGCUGGACGAGGAGCCGCCGGAGGGACAGGCGUGGCCGGGCACGUGCCCGCCGUACCGGGUGUCGGCGAACGCGUCGCGGUUCGGGGCACGGGCGGCGCCGGCCCGGAUGGCGCGGAUCGUGGCGGAGGCGUAUUGGGCGCUUGGGAAGGAGGAGGAGGAGUGGGUGCGGUGGCUGGUGAUGGGGGACGACGACACGGUGUUCUUCCCGGAGAACCUGGUGGCGGUGCUGGGGAAGUACGAUCACCAGGAGAUGCGGUACGUCGGGGCGUCGUCGGAGAGCGUGGAGCAGGACGUGAUGCACUCAUACGGCAUGGCUUUCGGCGGAGGCGGGUUCGCCCUCAGCCGCCCGGCCGCGGCGGCGCUCGCCCGCGUCAUCGACGGUUGCCUCGACCGCUACAACUACUUCUACGGCAGCGACCAGCGCGUCCAGUCCUGCCUCUCCGAACUCGGCGUCCCCCUGACCCGUGAACCCGGUUUCCACCAGGUGGACAUCCGAGGCGACGCGUACGGGUUGCUCGCGGCGCACCCAGUGGCACCGCUGGUAUCAUUGCACCACCUCGAUUACCUGAAGCCCAUAUCCCCGCGCGGCCGCACCCAGAUCGAGGCGCUCCGGUCCCUGGUGGACGUGUCCCGGUUCGACCCGGCCAGGACUAUUCAGCAGUGCUUCUGCUACGAGUCGGGCCCGGCCUACAACUGGUCGGUGUCCGUGUCCUGGGGCUACGCGGUCCAGUUGUACCCCCGGGUGCUGGCCCCAAAGGACCUGGAAGUCCCGCUCCAGACUUUCCGCACCUGGAGAAGCUUCAGCAACGGGCCCUUCACCUUUAACACCCGGCCCCUCAAACCGGACCCCUGCGAGCAGCCUCUCAUGUUUUUUCUGGACCGGGUUCAGGACUCGGAGGCGACCGCUGCUACGAUGACCGAGUACUCCAGGAACGAGUCCGAGUCGGGUAGGCGGUGCGACCGACCCGGCUUCGAUGCCGCAUUGCAGGUGGAGGCUGUUAGGGUCCUCGCCCCCAGGAUGGACCCCGCCGCAUGGAGACGGGCUCCACGGAGGCAGUGCUGCCGAACGCGAUGGACCGGGAAGGGGAGGGUGAUGGAGGUUCGCAUAAGGUACUGCGACCCAGGGGAGAUCACAUCGCCGCCGUAGAUCUUUUUCUUGGGAUCCCAGCGACCAGUUGUUAUAACGAGAGGAGCUACGUCUAAUUUUAGCUAGUGAGGUGGAAAUAAGAGAGACAGAGAGCUGUUCCAUUGUCGUCUCUCUGGGCGUGGGAGAGGAUGGCAAAUGUAUAAUACAAGGGUGGAGGAUAUAUUUUUGACCAAUCUGAUCUGUCACUACUCUCAUCCUUUACUAUAUGUAUGAUAAUCUUCAUAUUUAA